AGUCAACACGACGGAUUCGAAGGUCAAGGGCGCUUGCAAUUUCCACCUUCUGGGAUACUCCCAUUUAUGACGUGCCAUGGCGUUGAGAGAUUGAGAUAUAACAUCAUCCAAGUUUAUACUUUAUACCGCGUUUCUGCAACUUCAGUCUCUUCCGCCUCUUCGAUCAAGCCAGCUUAGCUCUCACUUCAGUUGCAACAUCGUGCUGAUAGUUCAUUCACCUGCCGUUUGACGACGCCAGCAACUUCUCAGUGUUCUGAUUUCCGUACCCCACCCAUCCUAGGAGAAGUGAUUUGGUGUAAUCGGCUAGGUCAAUCGGGAGAAGAACACAGAAAAAAUCGCUUCAAGACGAUGGUGAAGGAGACGGAAUACUACGACGUUUUGGGGGUUAGCCCCGCCGCAACUGAAGCUGAAAUUAAGAAAGCUUAUUACAUUAAGGCACGACAGGUUCAUCCAGAUAAAAAUCCAAAUGACCCUCAAGCAGCCCAAAAUUUCCAGGUUUUGGGAGAGGCUUACCAAGUGCUGAGUGAUCCUGCCCAACGACAGGCUUACGAUAAUUAUGGGAAAUCAGGAAUUUCAACUGAAGCUAUAAUUGAUCCUGCAGCAAUAUUUGCCAUGCUUUUCGGAAGUGAGCUUUUUGAAGAAUACAUUGGUCAGCUCGCCAUGGCAUCAAUGGCUUCAUUGGAUAUUUUCACCGAAGGUGAAGAUUUUGAUGCUAAAAAGCUGCAAGAAAAAAUGAGGGUUGUUCAAAAGGAAAGAGAAGAGAAGCUUGCUGAAAUAUUAAAGGAUAGAUUGAAUCUUUAUGUACAAGGAAAUAAAGAAGACUUCGUUUGUCAUGCUGAAGGUGAAGUGUCAAGGCUUUCUAAUGCAGCUUACGGUGUUGAUAUGUUGAAUACAAUUGGGUAUAUAUAUGCAAGGCAGUCAGCUAAAGAGUUGGGGAAGAAGGCAAUAUAUCUGGGUGUGCCAUUUAUUGCUGAGUGGUUCAGAAAUAAAGGCCAUUUUAUUAAGUCCCAAGUAACGGCAGCAACAGGUGCAAUUGCUUUGAUUCAGCUACAAGAGGAUAUGAAACGACAGCUCAGUGCGGAAGGAAACUACACUGAAGAAGAGCUUGAGGAAUACAUGCAAUCCCACAAGAAGUUGAUGAUUGAUUCGCUCUGGAAGCUUAAUGUUGCUGAUAUUGAAGCCACGCUCUCCCGUGUUUGUCAGAUGGUUCUACAAGACAACAAUGUAAAGAAAGAGGAACUCCGUGCACGAGCCAAGGGUUUGAAAACCCUGGGAAAAAUUUUUCAGAGGGCCAAGUUGGCGAAUGAAAAUGAAACUGAAAUGGCAACAAAAAGUCCACUACACAAAUUGAAUGGUGGUGACCCAGUGUAUGAUGCCUUUUCUGUGAAUACAUCGGCAAGAUCCUCAAAUACUGAUGAUCUACCUGCAACUCCUUUUGUACAGCAGAGCCCAUAUGUGGAGGCUCCUCAGUUCUCAGGUGGCCAAUACACCUACAAUUUCCCGAUGCCAACAGCACCACCUGGUGCUCAGAGACAUGUAUAAGCUUGCCGGAGGGUGGACUUACAGUAUCUGAUGUAUGUAUUAUCCAUAUGGUGCUAGCAAUUUGGAUUUUUUUUUGUUCAGCGUUCUAAAAUUCUCCAUAUUGGGGUACUUGCUGUUAAAAUGGUGUAGUGUAUAUGAACCACUGAUUCAGAGCCUGGUGAGUGGACUGAGAUGUUGAUAAUGGUUGUUAUUGUUUUUGUGUUUAUCCUUUGUACGAAGGCGGGCUGCAGUCCUGCUGAUGUGCCAGCAUUUUUUUUGGCCAGUUGCAAAUUUGUGAUGUAUCUCGUGUUUGCUGUAGCUCUUAUUUCAUGCAAAAGGCUUGGCAAUCGGGCACCUCCCCCCAGGGCCCAGGCCCAGGGGCAUAUGGGCAUGGACCAAGAAGAAAAGUGAAAAACAGAAAAGAAAGAGGGAGAGAGAGAGAGAGGAAAGAAAAAUUUUCACAGGUUCUUAAUUCUGAACAGCUUUGCUUCUGUACUGUUGCCUUGACAGUCCAGGCAUAUUUUGAGAA